AUGUCUAAAAGUGAACUGAAGGACAAAAAGAGAAAGGUCGAAGAUGAAGAAUUGAAGAGUAAGAAGAAGGUGAAGAAGGACAAGAAAGACAAGAAGGACAAGAAGGACAAGAAGGAUAAGAAGGAUAAGAAGGAAAAGAAGGAGAAGAAAGAGAAGAAGGAAAAGAAGACAGAAACUGCUGAAAAAUCGGAUGACUCAACCGAAUCUUCCAAACCUGUUGCACAAUCCACUGCUUCUAAAAGCGAAGUUGAAGACUUCAUGAAGGAAAAUGAAGUUACCAUUGAGGAUCCUGAAAACGCCAACCUACCUCCAUACUUGAACUUCUCUGACGUUUCCUUUAUCGAUGAAAUCCAGAAACAAAUCUCCAAGUUCCCUAAGCCAACUCCAAUUCAAUCGGUCUCUUGGCCAUACCUUUUAGCCGGUAAGGAUGUCAUCGGUGUUGCAGAAACUGGUUCCGGUAAGACUUUCGCAUUCGGUGUUCCAGCCAUCAACAACAUUGUUACUUCUAAAGAAAAAUCACCCGGCAUUAAGGUACUAGUCAUCUCCCCAACAAGAGAACUAGCUUCCCAAAUUUACGAUAACUUGAUUGUUCUAACAGACACAUGCGGAUUGCACUCUUGUUGUGUAUACGGUGGUGUUCCAAAGGACCAACAAAGAUCGGAUUUGAGAAAAUCCCAAGUUGUUGUCGCUACUCCAGGUAGAUUGCUAGAUCUUAUCGAAGAAGGAUCUGUCGAUUUGAGCAACGUAAACUACUUGGUGUUGGAUGAAGCCGAUAGAAUGUUAGAAAAGGGUUUUGAAGAGGAUAUCAAAAAGAUCAUCAGACAAACCAAAACCCAUGGCAGACAAACUCUAAUGUUUACCGCUACUUGGCCAAAGGAAGUUCGUGAAUUAGCUUCUACCUUCAUGAACAGUCCAGUCAAGGUCUCUAUCGGUAACAGAGACGAAUUAUCCGCAAACAAGAGAAUCACCCAAAUUGUUGAAGUGGUAGAUCCAUUUAAGAAAGAAAAGAAACUAUUAGACCUUUUGAAGAAGUACCACUCUGGUCCAAAGAAGAAUGAAAAGGUUUUGAUUUUUGCUUUAUACAAGAAAGAAGCUUCUCGUGUUGAAAGAAACCUAAAAUAUAACGGCUACGAUGUUGCCGCCAUUCAUGGUGAUCUUUCUCAACAACAAAGAACCCAAGCAUUAAAUGAAUUCAAGUCAGGGAAAUGUAACUUGUUACUAGCAACAGAUGUUGCUGCAAGAGGUUUGGAUAUUCCAAACGUCAAAACCGUUAUCAACCUAACCUUCCCGCUAACAGUUGAAGAUUAUGUCCACAGAAUUGGUAGAACUGGUCGUGCUGGUCAAACCGGUACCGCUCACACACUAUUUACGGAACAAGAAAAACAUUUAGCUGGUGCCCUUGUUAAUGUUCUAAACGGUGCUGGUCAACCAGUGCCUGAGGAAUUAAAGAAGUUCGGUACUCACACUAAAAAGAAGGAACACAGUGCUUAUGGUGCUUUCUUCAAGGACGUUGAUUUAUCGAAGAAACCAAAGAAGAUUACUUUCGAUUAG